UUAUGUCAAAACGCGGUUGAUUCAAUUUAUUGAUUCAAAAAUAAUAUUAUUUAUUUCUAUUUUCUGUUAAACUUGGCAUGAUAAUAUCGUGAAACGGUUUAUUUAUAGCUAUUUACGUCCAAUUUUAGCUAUAGUGUUUUCAUUUGUGUUUGAAGAGUUGGAAUUUAAAUAAGUUUCAUAAUAUAAAUGAAGAUUAUGACAUGAGUGAUAAAAAAUAACCUUGAUGUAGCCUCGCUCUUGGUUUAUUUCAAGUGUUUCUUACAAGGAUUUUUAUGAAACAAAGUGCUCUGGUGCUUGUUUUUAAAGGCUACAUUUAAAGAAUAAAAUGCUCAACACAAGCAUGAGAAGUUAUAAAAGAUUGGGCAUCUACCAUAUACUAAAAUAUGCAAGAAAACAAUAUAUAAAUAACACAAUAAGAUGGAAAUCCUGUUCCUGUGGUAACAUAUAUUUUACAAACCAAAGAAAUGAGAAUAGACUAUUUAUAAGAAACACAAGGGUACAUUCAACGCAAAGCGACCACCAUAGACAAAAAGUUGUGAUAGAGACGUCUACGCCUAAAAUAGUCAUAGACAAAAUAAAGGUAGAGAAAUCGACCAAUGAAAAUACUGCGGAAACAAGUUUAGCAUUGUUCUGGAGGGAAAAAAUUGAUCCGUAUAUAAAAUUAUCAAGAUGGGACAAACGUACAGGUGUCUACCUCCUAUACUGGCCAUGCUCAUGGUCGAUAGCCCUAGCCUCCCUACCAGGCAAUGUCCCUUUAAGCACAACUGUUGAAACUGCAGCAUUGUUCUUGGCUGGUGCGGGUUUGAUGCGCGGGGCGGGAUGCACCAUCAACGACCUGUGGGACAGAGAUAUAGAUGCAAAGGUGGAAAGAACUAAAGACCGCCCGCUAGUAUCGGGUGCUAUCAGUGAGAAGCAAGCCAUAACAUUUCUAGGUGUCCAGCUAACUCUUGGUCUAGGAGUGUUGCUACAGCUGAACUGUUAUAGUGUAAUGCUGGGAGCCAGCAGUAUGAUUCUAGUCAUAACCUACCCUCUAGCGAAGAGAUUCACGAACUACCCUCAAAUAUUUCUGGGCGCAACGUUCAACUGGGGCGCUCUGCUGGGCUAUUCGGCUAUCCAGGGCUAUAUUGAGCCGGCUGUAUGUGUGCCCCUCUAUCUGUCAGCUUUAGCCUGGACCGUGGUGUACGACACCAUCUACGCGCAUCAGGACAAGCGUGACGAUGCUCGGCUGGGCAUCAAGUCCACGGCCCUGACGUUUGGCGCUCACACUAAGCCGGCACUGUGCGGGGCUCUCGCUGUGAGCCUGGGCGGCAUGGCGCUGGCAGGCCACUCGGCUGGUCUCGCCGCGCCUUACUACGCGGCGUUGGCGGCCUAUGCGGCGCAUGCGGCCUUACAGAUAUACACACUGAAACCCGACAAUCCGGAUGACUGUGCGAAAAAAUUCAAAUCGAACUCUAUGGUAGGACUCAUUAUAUUGCUAGGUAUAUUGGGUGGAGGAUACCAACAGUACAUAGACAAUAGACAGAAGCAUAGAGGAAACGAAGACUUGAGUGCUGCUAGAAGUUGCUUUUUUAGUUAAUUAUAAAAUAAUAAUUUAUAUUUGUACAAGGAAAAAAAUACUUAUGACUUACUAGGCUGUAUGGUUUACGAUCUUUGCCCUCAAUCUAAAGCUCCGGCUACACGCUCCGUCUUACCCGAGAGCUUACCUACACAAGCCAGUUUGCGCAGUUAAGUGCGUGCGUGUGGACGCAAUGUUCGUUGAUCUCUACCGUCAGUCAGAUGUUUUAUUCGCAAUACAAAGCGAAAUUCCGCGCAGUUCCAAAAGCUGCUAAAGAGUGGACUGCGCAGUACUCGGUUUUGCUUGGGCAGUUUUAACUGCGCAGGCAAGACAGAGUGUGUAGCCGGAGCGUUAGGAUAAACGUCACUUUUGACAAUGACAGCUGACACAUAGAGAAAAUAUGGCGGGUGCGAUAAACUACUAUUAUUUUUUGUAUUACUACGCAUUUUAGUACUAACAGAAGGGCGUAUUUGGUUUGGUUCGUAAUAGAUCCGAUCGUGUGACCAAACCAUAAAUCAGACAUGAUUCCAUUACCGCGUUUGGGUCAAUUUGAACAACGCCGUUUUUUCUUGAAUUUCGGUGGAGUAUUUGAGAACUAUGGUUUAUUGUUUUUCUAGUUAUUGUAUAAGCUCUUACUCAAUGCCAUCAAAAUAUGUCUAAAAUAAACUCAUGAGAAUACGUGUUUAAAAUUUUGAUGCCACCGAAAUUAAAAUCCACCAAUUUAAUGGCAAAACUUUGUAAUUUCUGAGAUUAAUAAAAGCCCUGUCAAUGAUUUUAGAGGAUUUGGUCAAUUUUGGAUUGACAGACAGAAUCAUCCCAUCUGUUAGUAUUUUUAAUAUUUAUUUUUGGCGGUUCUGGUAGGUGUUGCCAUAUUAUUACUUAUUUAUAAUUAAUGUUACCAGUGAAUAGAAUCUGUGGAGCUAUAUUUAUUUUUCAUCAGUACAAUCCAUACAUAUUAAUGAUUGGAUUAUUGCUAAUUUAUUAUUGCAACGAUAUUUUUUUUUAAUACGUUAAAUAAUACAAUCAGUAUUAUAAGUAUGGUAUAUUAAAAAAAAAAUUAAAAUAUCUUUUGGCAGCUCCACAGAUAAUUUUGUUGAUAAGUAAUUAUUUUGGUUGGGACUAGGGCGUUAGGAAUAGUUAUAUAAAUAUAGCCUGACCAGAAAAUUAAAAACUUCGCCAGAUUGAGGAAAACUAGUGGAAUUAUUUUACCUAUAUAAAACUGCUAGCUGAUGCCCGCGACUUCGUCUUCGUGGAUUUAGGUUUUUCAAAAUCCCGUGGGAACUCUUUGAUUUUCCGGGCUAAAAAGUAGCCUAUGUGCUAAUCCAGGAUAUUAUCUAUCUCCAU